AUGAAUGAGAAGGUGGGUCAGGUGUCCUUCGACCUCCCCCGGCAGGGUGAGAUGGUUCUGGAGAAACCGUACAGCGAAGCCACGGCUCGUCUCAUCGACAUCGAGGUUCGAAUCCUCAUCUCCGAGGCGCACCAGAGAACCCAUCGACUGCUGAGUGACAAGAAGCCCGAGGUGGAGAAGAUGCUGUCGUCCUGUCUCCUGGGACUCCUCGUCCUCUCCUCUCUCUGCUCAGCCAUGUUUCACCCCGACGGCAGCGGUGAGGUGAGCAGUGGAGAUGAUCCCAGCACCUACAACAUGCCCGGCUCUGGCAAGAAUUCCACUAAUUCGACUGAGUCGUCUCAGAUGACUGAGUCGUCUCAGAUGUCUGAGUCGUCUCAGAUGACUGAGUCGUCUCAGAUGUCUGAGUCGUCUCAUAUGUCUGAGUCGUCUCAUAUGUCUGAGUCGUCUCAGAUGUCUGAGUCGUCUCAUAUGACUGAGUCGUCUCAUAUGACUGAGUCGUCUCAUAUGUCUGAGUCGUCUCAGAUGACUGAGUCGUCUCAGACGUCUGAUUCGUCUCAUAUGUCUGAGUCUUCUGAGUCCACCGAGUCCACCCCGAUGUCUGAGGCUCCCUGGCCGGCCAACGCCCGCAUUAGCCAAGUGCCCCACGGAGAACCGUGGCCACCCGGUGGCAACAACAGUGAUUUGACCCGAAUAUACGGAGGCCCCGACUCGGGGUUGUUCCCGACAUCUUCCUUUUGCGAGUUGCUGUUGAACUCUCCGGUUCCGCCGCCUAUCGACCAGAUUCCCCUUUCCUGCCUCUGUUCGCACUGUAAGGGCACCGUGGGGCCCAAAGGAGACAGAGGAGACCGGGGCCGCCCAGGUGCUCCUGGGAGUCCUGGGAGAAGAGGGAUGAUGGGGUUCACUGGUCCUCCUGGAUUCACAGGCCGUCAAGGGAUGAAGGGUCAAAAGGGAGACCUCGGGGAGAAAGGACCCUCUGGCGCUGUCGGUUUCACCGGCAUGAAGGGCAAUCGGGGCUUCAAAGGAGACAAAGGCGACCAUGGGAUGGAAGGCCCCUCAGGCUCACAGGGCCCCCAGGGAGAAACCGGUACAUGCCCCGCCUCAUGUGAGAGUCUACCAGGUCCACCAGGGGAACAAGGAGUCCCUGGAUCAGCUGGAACCCGGGGUCUGCCUGGGGUGCAGGGACCAAUGGGACCCAAGGGCGUUAUGGGAACCAAGGGCGACAUGGGUCUUUCCGGAGUCCCCGGGACGAUCGGCCAGAAGGGUGAUAAUGGUGAGAAGGGGAUGUGUGAGUGCACAGAUGGGGCCGACGGCACUGAUGGGAAGCAAGGAGAAAAGGGGUUCAAAGGGGACAAAGGUAACACUGGAGGCCAAGGUGUUCAGGGCCCCAUCGGGCUGAAAGGUCAGGAGGGCAGCAUAGGUCUCAUGGGGCUGCCCGGGCCCUGCUCGCCCGCCAUCCAAUCAGCAUUCUCUGCAUCACUGAACCAGUCGUUUCCCGCUCCAAACUGGCCUGUUAUCUUCUCACGCGUCCUCCUAAACAUCCAGGGCCACUUCAACCCACUCAUGGGCAUGUACACCAGCCCCAUCAACGGCACCUACGUCUUCACCUUCAACCUGGCCGUCGCCGGAAGGCCUCUCAAGGUCGGCCUGUUCCGCAACUUCCUCUCCGUGGUCAAAAUAACAGAAGGAACCGACCAGUCCACCACCAGCCACACUGUCGUCCUCCACCUCUCCAUGGGCGACAUGGUGUGGCUGCAGGUGAAGGACUUCGAAACUAACGGCAUCUUCAGCGGCGAUGAGAGCAGCAGCACGUUCUCCGGGUAUCUGAUGUACCCCGACUCCUGUGAAUUACCCAGAGGACGAUUUUAUAUUCCCAAGCCGACAUUCACUCCACCCGACUUCGUCUGGGGUUCUGAAAACCCCACCCCCACCCCCACCACCCCCACAAUGCACCAUAGUAGGGUACAGUCAGUCGCAUUGUAG